GAAUUUGGCUUUCCCUUCCCUCCACCAAACCAGAGAACAAAAAUGGCUUUCAAACUCCAAUCAAUGGCUCUCGCUCGCCCUCGCCGAAACCCUAAUAUCGUUUCACCUUCUACGUCUUCAACCUUUUCAAACCAUCAUCUUCCUCCUCUUCAUUCCUUUGCACCUUCCCUUCCUCCAAAUUUAUGCCUCUCAGCGUCCACAAUUCAUCGCACUCGGUUCGUUAUCGCUAGCACAACUCGAGGUCAAGAACUCAUUGAAACUUCAACCGAAGAUGAAGGCCAAAUCAGUGAGGCUUCUGAAGAAGACAGAGAUGAAGAAACAGUUAGGCAUGGUGAGAAAAAGGAACUAGCAAAGCAAGGUAUAUGGAGUCAGAUGAAGGAAAUUGUCAUGUUUACUGGACCUGCAACUGGGCUUUGGAUAUGUGGGCCCCUAAUGAGUCUCAUCGAUACAGCAGUUAUUGGUCAGGGAAGCUCAAUUGAACUUGCUGCUUUAGGUCCAGCUACAGUUGUUUGUGAUUACAUGAGCUACGUGUUCAUGUUUCUAUCAGUUGCUACUUCAAAUAUGGUUGCUACUGCCCUUGCCAAGCAGGAUAGAGAAGAAGUGCAGCAUCACAUAUCUGUCUUGCUUUUUAUUGGUUUAGCUUGUGGCUUUGUGAUGCUUUUGUUCACAAGGCUAUUUGGUGCUGCAACACUCACUGCUUUCACUGGCCCAAAGAAUGUACAUAUAGUAUCCGCAGCUAACAUUUAUGUACAGAUUCGAGGCUUGGCAUGGCCUGCUUUACUUGUUGGAUGGGUUGCUCAGAGUGCAAGUCUUGGUAUGAAAGAUUCUUGGGGACCCUUGAAGGCUUUGGCUGCUGCUAGUGUUGUAAAUGGCAUUGGUGAUAUACUUUUGUGCACCUAUUUAGGCUAUGGAAUUGCAGGGGCUGCAUGGGCUACAAUGGCAUCACAAAUUGUUGCUGCUUAUAUGAUGAUUCAAACUCUAAACAUGAACGGAUACAAUGCAUUUGCCUUCUCCAUUCCUUCGGGGAAGGAACUUGUGAUGAUACUUGGGCUUGCUGCUCCUGUAUUUAUGACAAUGAUGUCCAAGGUGGCUUUCUACUCACUACUUAUAUAUUUUGCUACAUCAAUGGGUACGCAUACAGUGGCUGCUCAUCAAGUCAUGCUCCAAACUUUUAGCAUGUGUACAGUAUGGGGUGAACCUCUCUCCCAAACUGCUCAAUCAUUUAUGCCCGAAUUGAUAUAUGGAGCAAACCGAAGUUUGUCCAAGGCCCGAUUACUUCUCAGGUCUCUUGUGAUAAUUGGAGCUACACUUGGGUUUUCGUUAGGGAUUGUUGGAACAUCAGUUCCUUGCUUAUUUCCCUACAUUUUUACCUCUGAUCAGAUGGUCAUCCAGGAGAUGCAUAAGGUGUUGAUUCCAUACUUUGUGGCACUGGCUGUGACACCACCUACUCACAGCCUAGAGGGAACGUUGCUGGCUGGAAGAGAUCUAAGAUUUAUAAGUUUAUCAAUGAGUGGAUGCUUUUGCGUGGGUGCACUAGUAUUACUGAUCUUGAGUAGCAGAUACGGUUUGCAAGGUUGUUGGUUUGCCCUUGCAGUAUUUCAAUGGGUUCGGUUCUCAAUGGCCCUCCAGCGCCUUCUUUCUCCCAAUGGCAUUUUAUACUCGGAAGAUAUAGACCAGCAUAAGCUGCAAAAUCUAAGAACUUCUUAGUUUAGGAACUCGGUUUUAUGUUUAUAGUCCAUGACACACAUUACGAGGAUAGAAGUACGUUUAGUUGCUCGCAAAUCAG